UUUCUUAACGUUCUCUCUUUCCGAACAACGAUUCUGUGUCAAAACCCGAUUGAAAAGAUGGAAACGAAAGAAGAAUUCGUCAAGUUACUCGGCAAAGGUGCUUAUGGUUUUGUUAAUCUCGUCCGCUACAAUAAUCCCGACGACAACUCUUCCUAUCUCUCAGCCGUAAAGAACUCUUACCAAGAAGACUACAACGCUCUCCAACGAGAGUUCCACGUUCUUCUCCAACUCAAGGGAUGUCCCCGGAUCGUCACAUGUUUCGGAGACUCUCUCCAACAAAGUUUCAGCAGAUUCGGGGAGAAACUCCACAAACUACGACUCGAGUUUGCUUCCGAAGGUAGUCUCGACGCUUUCAUGAACAAUUACGCCGACAGAAAGUUGCCGGAACCGUUGGUCAGGGAUUUCACUCGGAUGGUUCUCGAAGGUUUGGUCUCGAUUCACGACCAUGGCUACGUUCAUUGCGACAUCAAACCAGACAACAUACUCGUCUUCCCUUCUUCGACGACGGCAUCAUCGUACGAGGUCAAGAUUUGUGAUUUCGGUAACUCGUUAGAGAUAGGAGAGGUUCCUCUGUGUUGGGAAAUUAAUUUCCCGUGGCUUGGGACUGCGAUCUACAUGUCGCCCGAGUCGGUCCGUGACGGCAUCGCCCACGUGUCUCUAGACUUGUGGUCUGUGGGGUGUUUGGUUCUGGAGAUGUACACGGGCGUGAUUCCAUGGGAAGGCCUUGAACUAGAUGAGAUCGCUACUCGUCUCCUCUCUGGUAAAUCUCCAGAUAUACCUGAGACGCUUCCUUCUGAUGCAAAGGACUUUAUCCAAACGUGUUUCUCGAGGAACCCUGAGGAGAGAGGAAGCGCGCAUGAGUUGUUGCUUCAUCCCUUCUUGCCUCGUCUACAAGUUGAAGAAGAGGAUGAGAAGAAAACAGAGGAGAAGACAAGUAGCUCGUUUCUGUCGAACCUGUUCAAGUUGAGAAUCAGACGAAGAGGUUCCAAGAAGAAACUAGCGAAGGAUGAUGUUGCUGUUUCAGACAUGAAGCCUUUGAAGUUGAGGUUUUGGAAGACAAAGACCGUUAAGAGAACUCUGACCAUAGUCUUGGGGUUUAAGAAAUCGACAGACUUCUUUCACUUUAGUGUCCGUUCAUUAAGGUUUAGUACCUACUUCCUAUUCAUGAAGGUCUAG